AUGUUCCUUUGUCCUUCCUAUUUCUCUCUCUCGAUUUUGGCUGAAAUCCCAUCUCUACAUCAUCAACAUUGUUUCUCAUCAACAGCUCCAACAUCAGAAGAAAACGACGUUUCGAUCGAAUCGAGUCUUCUUCCAAUCGACUAG